GCGCGGGGCGCAGCGGGCACCGGCGGCAGCGGCCGCACCGCGCCAUGGGCGCUCCGCCCCCGCCCCCGCCGCCGCCGCCGCCGCCGCCGGUCUGCUGCUGCCGCUGCUUCUUCUCCUCCUCCUCCUCUCCCUGCUGUUACCGGUACCGGCGCAACCCCGCCGCCCGUUACCGGCUACCGGCAAAGCCACCUGCUCGCCCGGCACCGGGGACAGCGGCGGCACCGGGGACAGCGGCGGAGAAGCCGGGGGGGUUGCGGUAGAGGAGAGAGCGGAGGAGGCGGGUGCGCGGCGGGGACCGGCGGAGGAGAGCGAGGUUGGAGCGGGGACGGCGGAGGGGAGGCGAGAAGCGUCGGCGGAACCGGGAGCGCCGGGGACAACGGCGGCAGCCGCGGCGGGGCCCGGGGAGGCGCCGGGAGCAGCGGGGACACUGGAGACGCCGGGGUUCCUGAAGGCACCGGGGCCACUGGAAGCACCGGGGACACCGGGGACACUGGAGACACCGGGGUUCCUGAAGGCACCGGGGCCACUGGAAGCACCGGGGACACCGGGGACACUGGAGACACCGGGGUUCCUGAAGGCACCGGGGCCACUGGAAGCACCGGGGACACCGGGGACACUGGAGACACCGGGGUUCCUGAAGGCACCGGGGACACUGGAAGCACCGGGGACACUGGAGGCACCGGCGGCACCCAAGUCCCCAGGGACCCCAGGAGCACCGGCCAUACUGGACGCACUGGGGACACCGGGAACGUCCCCAAGGACAGCAGGAGCACCGGGGCCACUGGACGCACUGGGGACACCGGGAAUGUCCCCAGGGAUACCCAGGAUACUGGGAACAAUGGGAGCACCCGAGUCCCCAGGGACCCCAGGAGCACCGGCCGCACUGGAAACACUGGGGACAGCGGGAAAGCCCCCAGGGAUACCAGCAACGCUGGGGAUACUGGAUGCACUGGAAAUGCUGGGAAUGUCCCCAGGGAUACCAGCAACACCCGGGAUACUGGACGCGCUGGGGACACUGGGAAAGCCCCCAGGGACAGCGGGAGCCCCGGGGAUGUGAUGAGCGCUGGGAAUGCUGGGCGCACUGGGGACACCCGAGUCCCCAGGGACCCCAGGAGCACCGGCCAUACUGGACGCACUGGACACACCGGGAAAGCCCCCAGGGAUAGCAGGAACACCCGGGAUACUGGACGCACUGGGGACACUGGGAAAGCCCCCAGGAGCACCCAGGAUACUGGACGCACUGGGGACACUGGGAAUGUCCCUAGGGAUACCAGGAGCACCGGGGACAUGAUGAGCACUGGGAAUGCUGGGCGCACUGGGGACACCGGGGGCACCCAAGUCCCCAGGGACACAAGGAACGCCGGUCGUACUGGAUGCACUGGGAACACUGGGAAUGUCCCCAGGGAUACCAGCAACACCCGGGACACUGGAUGCACCGGACACACCGUGAAAGCCCCCGGGGACGUCAGGAGCACCGGGCACAGGAUGAGCACUGGGAAUGCUGGGCGCACUGGGGACACCGGGGGCACCCGGGUCCCAAGGGACACCAGGAACAUGAGGGACACUGGACGCACUGGGGACACUGGGAAAGCCCUCAGGGACACCCAGGACACUGGACGCACUGGGGACACUGGGAAAGCCCUCAGGGACAGCAGGAGCACCGGGGAUGCUGGGCACACUGGGGACACCCGAGUCCCCAAGGAUACCAGGAACACCGGCCAUACUGGGCGCACUGGGGACACUGGGAAAGCCCCCAGGGACAGCAGGAGCACCGGGGAGACGACGAGCACCGGGGACGUUGGGGACUCCGUGACCCCGGGGGCCACCAGGAGCCCCGCGCCCCGCGGCCGCUCCCGCCGCAGCCCCAACGUGGCGCCGCAGUUCCAGCCCUCCAGCUACCAGGCCUCGGUGGGGGAGAACCGGCCGGCGGGGACGCCGGUGACGCGGGUGACGGCGGUGGACCCCGACGAGGGGGAGGCGGGCCGGCUGCGCUACGCCAUGGCCGCCCUCUUCGACAGCCGCUCCGACGCCCUCUUCGCCAUUGACCCCGUCACCGGCGCCGUCGCCACCGCCGCCCCCUUGGACCGGGAGAGCAAGAGCACCCACGUCUUCCGAGUGACGGCGACAGACCACGGGACGCCCCGGCGCAGCGCCAUGGCCACCUUGACGGUGACGGUGAGCGACGCCAACGACCACGACCCGGCCUUCGAGCAAGCCGAGUACCGGGAGAGCGUGCGGGAGAACCUGGAGGUGGGCUACGAGGUGCUGACGGUGCGGGCCACCGACGGUGACGCCGGUCCCAAUGCCAACGUCCUCUACCGCCUCCUCAACGCCGGCGGGGCCAAUGAGGUCUUCGAGAUCGACGCCCGCUCGGGCGUCAUCCGCACCCGCGGCCCCGUGGACCGGGAGGCGGUGGAGGCCUUCGAGCUGCUGGUGGAGGCCACGGAUCAGGGCCAGGAGCCGGGACCCCGCAGCUCCACGGCCACCGUCCGCAUCACCGUGGAGGACGACAACGACAACGCGCCCCAGUUCAGCGAGAAGCGUUACGUGGCGCAGGUCCCCGAGGACGUGGCCCCCAACACGGCCGUGCUGCGGGUGACGGCCACCGAUCGCGACAAGGGCAGCAACGCCCUGGUGCACUACAGCAUCGUCAGCGGUAACACCCGCGGCCACUUCUACAUCGACGCGCAGACGGGCGCCCUGGACGUGGUCAGCCCUUUGGACUACGAGGUCAGCAAGGAGUUCACCCUCCGCAUCCGGGCGCAGGACGGCGGCCGCCCGCCCCUCUCCAACAUCAGCGGUUUGGUCACCGUCCAGGUGUUGGACGUCAACGAUAACGCCCCCAUCUUCGUCAGCACCCCCUUCCAGGCCACCGUGCUGGAGAACGUGCCGGUGGGCUACUCCGUCAUCCACGUUCAAGCCAUCGACGCCGAUUCGGGUGACAACGGCCGCUUGGUCUACACCCUCCUGGAGACGGGCGCCGGCUUCCCCUUCGCCAUCAACAACAGCACCGGGUGGAUCGUGGUGGCCUCCGAGCUGGACCGGGAGGCGGUGGACUUCUACAGCUUUGGGGUGGAGGCGCAGGACCAGGGCAACCCCCCCAUGGCCUCCUCGGCCAGCGUCAGCGUCACCGUCCUGGACGUCAACGACAACAGCCCCGAGUUCACGCAACGGGAGUACGGCGCCCGGCUGAACGAGGACGCGGCGGUGGGCACCAGCGUCCUCACCGUCUCCGCCGUGGACCGCGACGCCAACAGCGUCAUCACCUACCAGAUCUCCAGCGGCAACACCCGCAACCGCUUCUCCAUCACCAGCCAGAGCGGCGGGGGGCUCAUCUCCCUCGCCCUGCCCCUGGACUACAAGCUGGAGCGGCAGUACCUCCUCACCAUCGCCGCCUCCGACGGCACCCGCCAGGACACCGCCCAGGUGGUGGUCAACGUCACCGACGCCAACACCCACCGACCCGUCUUCCAGAGCUCCCACUACACCGUCAACGUCAAUGAGGACCGGCCGGUGGGCACCACGGUGGUGGUCAUCAGCGCCACGGAUGAGGACACGGGGGAGAACGCCCGCAUCACCUACCUGAUGGAGGACAGCAUCCCCCAGUUCCGCAUCGCUGCCGAGACGGGGGCCGUCACCACCCAGAUGGAGCUGGACUACGAGGACCAGGUGUCCUACACCCUGGCCAUCACGGCGCGUGACAACGGCAUCCCGCAGAAGUCCGACACCACCUACCUGGAGAUCCUGGUGAGCGACGUCAACGACAACGCGCCCCAGUUCCUCCGCGACUCCUACCAGGGCUCCGUCUACGAGGACGUGCCCGCCUUCACCAGCGUCCUCCAGGUCUCCGCCACCGACCGUGACUCGGGGCUCAACGGCAGGGUCUUCUACACCUUCCAAGGGGGCGACGAUGGCGACGGCGACUUCAUCAUCGAGUCCACCUCGGGCAUCGUCCGCACCUUGCGCCGCCUCGACCGGGAGAACGUGCCGCUCUACUCCCUGCGGGCGUUCGCCGUCGAUAAGGGGGUCCCGGCCAAGCGGACGCCGGUGGAGAUCCAAGUGACGGUGCUGGACGUCAACGACAACCCGCCCGUCUUCGAGCGGGACGAGUUCGACAUCUUCGUGGAAGAGAACAGCCCCAUCGGGCUGGUGGUGGCCCGGAUCACGGCCACCGACCCCGACGAGGGCACCAACGCCCAAAUCAUGUACCAGAUCGUGGAAGGCAACAUCCCCGAGGUCUUCCAGCUGGAUAUCUUCUCCGGCGAGCUCACCGCCUUGGCCGACCUGGAUUACGAGACCAAAGCGGAGUACGUCAUGGUGGUCCAAGCCACCUCGGCCCCCUUGGUCAGCCGGGCCACCGUCCACGUCCGCCUUCGCGACGCCAACGACAACAGCCCCCAACUCAAAAAUUUCGAGAUCCUCUUCAACAACUACAUCACCAACCGCUCGGGCAGCUUCCCCGGGGGGGUCAUCGGCCGUAUCCCGGCCCACGAUCCCGACGUCUCCGACAGCCUCACCUACGCCUUCGAGCAGGGCAACGAGCUCAACCUGGUGCUGCUGGACCCCCGCAGCGGGGACCUGCGCCUCAGCCCCUCCCUGGACAACAACCGCCCGCUGGAGGCCGUCAUGAGGGUCUCCGUUUCGGACGGGGUCCACAGCGCGACGGCGCAGUGCACGCUGCGGGUGACGGUGAUCACGGACGAGAUGCUGAGCAACAGCAUCACCCUACGCUUGGCCGACAUGUCCCAGGAGCGAUUCCUCUCCCCCUUGCUCAGCCGCUUCCUGGAGGGGGUGGCGGCCGUCCUGGCCACCCCCCGCCACCGCGUCGUCCUCUUCAACAUCCAAACGGACACGGACGUGGGGACGGCCCGUAUCCUCAACGUCAGCCUCUCGGUGCUGCUGCCGCCGGCCUCGGGGCACGGCGCCCGCUUCUUCUCCUCCGAGGAGCUGCAGGAGCGGCUCUACCUCAACCGCUCGCUGCUGGCCGCCAUCUCGGCCCAGCGCGUCCUGCCCUUCGACGACAACAUCUGCCUGCGCGAGCCCUGCGAGAACUACAUGCGCUGCGUCUCCGUCCUCCAGUUCGACAGCUCGGCCCCCUUCCUCGCCUCCGACACCAUCCUCUUCCGCCCCAUCCAUCCCGUCACCGGCCUGCGCUGCCGCUGCCCGCCCGGUUUCACCGGCGACUACUGCGAGACGGAGAUCGACCUCUGUUACUCCAGCCCCUGCGGCAGCAACGGGCGAUGCCGGAGCCGCGAGGGCGGCUACACCUGCGAGUGCCACGAGGAUUUCACCGGGGAACGCUGCGAGCUGAGCGCCCGGGGGGGCCGCUGCGCCCCGGGGGUCUGCCGCAACGGGGGUACCUGCCUCAACCUGCUGGUGGGGGGGUUCCGCUGCCAGUGCCCCCCCGGGCACUACGAGAAGCCUUUCUGCACCAUGAGCACCCGCAGCUUCCCCCCGCGCUCCUUCCUCACCUUCCGCGGCCUCCGCCAGCGCUUCCACUUCACCCUCGCCCUGACGUUUGCCACCAAGGAGCGGGACGGGCUCCUGCUCUACAACGGGCGCUUCAACGAGAAGCACGACUUCGUGGCGCUGGAGAUCGUGGGCGAGCAGGUCCAGCUCACCUUCUCGGCAGGCGAGACCACCACCACGGUGUCACCCUACGUGCCGGGCGGCGUCAGCGACGGGCAGUGGCACCGCGUCCAGCUCCACUACUACAACAAGCCGGUGCUGGGCCGGUCGGGGGUGCCCCAGGGCCCCUCGGAGCAGAAGGUGGCCGUGGUGACGGUGGACGACUGUGACCCGGGGAUGGCGCUGCGCUUCGGGCCCCUCCUGGGCAACUACUCCUGCGCCGCCCAGGGCACCCAGUCCGGCAGCAAGAAGUCGCUGGAUCUGACGGGGCCGCUGCUGCUGGGGGGGGUGCCCACCCUGCCCGAGAGCUUCCCCAUCCGCAGCCGCCACUUCGUGGGGUGCAUGCGCCACCUCCACAUCGACCAGCGCCCCGUCGACAUGGCCGCCUUCAUCGCCAACAACGGCACCCUGCCCGGCUGCCCUGCCAAGAAGACGCUGUGUGACACCACCACGUGCCACAACGGUGGCACCUGCGUGCACGAGUGGGACGGCUUCAGCUGCCGCUGCCCGCUGGGCUACGGGGGCAAGACCUGCCAAGAAGAGAUGGCGAGUCCCCAGCGGUUCGUGGGCAGCAGCCGCCUGGGCUGGAACGGGCUGGCGCUGCCCCUCACCCUCCCCUGGCACCUGGGGCUCAUGUUCCGCACCCGCCACCCCAGCGGGCUACUGCUGCGGGCCAGCGCUGGCCCCCGCGCCGCCAUCACCCUCCAGCUGAGCGAGGGGCAGGCGGAGGCGGGGGUCUGGCAGGGGGGGGCCCGCCUGGCCCUGCUGCGCUUGCCCCACGCCAAGGUCAACGACGGCGCCUGGCAUCACCUCCAGCUGGAGCUGCGGGGGGCCCCCGGCCGCGCCCCCCCCGCCACCCUCCUCCUCCUCGCCCUCGACUACGGCCGCCACCAGGCGGUGGCCGACGUGGCCGGGGAGCUGGAGGGGCUGCGGCUGAGGACGCUGAGCGUGGGGGGGCUGGCGGGUGACGGGGGCACCGUGGAGCAGGGCUUCCGCGGCUGCCUGCAGGGCCUGCGCGUGGGCGAGGCGGCGGCGGGCGGCGCGGGCACCCUGAGCCUGGCGCAGGCGACGCGGGUGAACGUGGAGGGGGGGUGCGCCCCCGACCCCUGCGACUCGGGGCCCUGCCCCCCCCACAGCUACUGCAGCGACGACUGGGACAGCUUCUCCUGCCGCUGCCACCCCGGUUACUUCGGUGACAGCUGCGUCAGCGCCUGCGCCCUCAACCCCUGCCAGCCCCCGGCCACCUGCGCCCGCCGGCCGGGCUCGGGCCACGGCUACGCCUGCCAGUGUCCCCAGGGCCACUUCGGGGCCUACUGCGAGCACAGGGAGGCCCAGCCCUGUCCCCGGGGGUGGUGGGGACACCCCACCUGCGGCCCCUGCAGCUGCGACGUCACCAAGGGCUUCGACCCCGACUGCAACAAGACGACGGGCGAGUGUCGCUGCAAGGAGAACCACUACCGCCCCCCCGGCAGCGACACCUGCCUGCUCUGCGACUGCUACCCCACCGGCUCCCUGUCGCGCCUCUGCGACGCCACCAGCGGGCAGUGUCCCUGCAAGGCCGGCGUCAUCGGCCGCCGCUGCGACCGCUGCGACAACCCCUUCGCCGAGGUGACGGCCAGCGGCUGCGAAGUCAACUACGACAGCUGUCCCCGUGCCAUCGAGGCCAACAUUUGGUGGCCCCGCACCCGCUUCGGGCUGCCAGCCGCGGCCCCCUGCCCCAAGGGCUCCACCGGGACAGCGGUGCGUCACUGCGACGAGCACAAGGGCUGGCUGCCCCCCAACCUCUUCAACUGCAGCUCCUUGGCCUUCGCCGCCCUCCGGGGCUGGGCGGAGCGUCUGGCGCGCAACGAGUCGGCGCUGGACCCGGCGCAGUCGCGGCGGGUGGCCCUGCAGCUGCAGGAGGCCACCGGCCGCACGGCCACCUACUUCGGCAGCGACCUGCGGCUGGCCUACCGGCUGGCCAGCGGGCUACUGCGCCACGAGAGCGCCCAGCGCGGCUUCCGCCUGGCCGCCACCCAGGACGUCCACUUCACCGAGAACCUGCUGCGGGUGGGCAGUGCCCUGCUGGACGCCAGCAACAAGCGGCACUGGGAGCUGAUCCAGCAGACGGAGGGGGGCACGGCCUGGCUGCUCAAGCACUUCGAGGACUACGCCAGCGCCCUGGCCCAGAACAUGCCCCAGACCUACCUCAGCCCCUUCACCAUCGUCACCCCCAACAUCGUGGUGUCGGUGGUGCGGCUGGACAAGGGCAGCUCGGCGGGCGCCCGGCUGCCGCGCUACGAGGCGCUGCGUGGGGAGAAGCCCCCCGACCUGGAGACCACCGUCAUCCUGCCCGACAGCGUCUUCCGGCCCGCCGAGGGCAGGCCCCCCUCCACCGGGCAGGGGCAGCCCCCCCAAGGCACAGUGGGGCAGGAGCAGGAGGAGGAGGAGGAGGGUGAGGCCGAAGAGGCCGCGGAGGAGGAGGAGGAAGAAGAGGAGGAGGAGGAGGAGGACGAAGAGGAGGUGACCCUGGUGACCCGGCGCAAGCGACACCCCGGGACGGGCGAGGGCCAGGCCAUCGCCAGCGUCAUCAUCUACCGCACGCUGGCCGGGCUCCUGCCCCAGGCCUACGACAGCGACAAGCGCAGCCUCAGGGUGCCCAAGCGCCCCGUCAUCAACACGCCGGUGGUGAGCAUCAGCGUGCACCCGGGGGGGGCGCGGGGGCCGCGGGCCCUGGCCAAACCCAUCACCCUCCAGUUCCGGCUGCUGGAGACCCAGGAGCGCUCCAAGCCCAUCUGCGUCUUCUGGAACCACUCCCUGCUGGCGGGCGGCGCGGGCGGCUGGUCGGCGCGGGGCUGCGAGAUCGUCUUCCGCAACCGGAGCCACGUCAGCUGCCAGUGCCACCACCUCACCAGCUUCGCCGUCCUCAUGGACAUCUCCCGCCGCGAGAACGGGGAGAUCCUGCCGCUGGCCGGGCUGACCUACGGCUCGCUGGGGGUGGGGCUGGCGGGGCUGCUGCUGGCCGUGCUGGCCCUGGGGGGGCUGCGGGGGCUGCGCUCCAACCGCCACAGCAUCCGCCGCCACGCCGCCACCGCCCUCCUCCUCGCCCAGCUCGUCUUCCUCCUCGGCAUCAACCAGGCCGACUUCCCGCUGGCGUGCACGGUGGUGGCCAUCCUGCUGCAGUUCCUCUACAUGAGCGCGGUGGGCUGGGGGCUGCUGGAGGGGCUGCACCUCUACCGCCGCCGCAGCGAGCCCCGGCACGUCGACCGCGGGCCCAUGCGCUUCUACCACGUCCUGGGCUGGGGGCUGCCCGCCUUCAUCACCGGGCUGGCGGUGGGGCUGGACCCCGAGGGCUACGGCAACCCCGACUUCUGCUGGCUCUCCAUCCACGACAGCCUGGUCUGGAGCCUGGCGGGGCCCAUCGCCUGCGCCGUGGCCAUCAGCAUCUUCUUCCUGGUGCUGGCGGCCCGGGCCACCUGCAGCAGCCCGCAGGGCUUCGAGAAGAAGGGCACGGCCUCCGGGCUGCAGACGGCCGUGGUGGUGCUGGCCCUGCCCAGCCUGGCCUGGCUCCUGGCCCUGCUCUCGGUCAACAGCGACGCGCUGCUCUGCCACUACCUCUUCGCCGCCUCCAACUGCCUCCAGGGCCCCCUCAUCUUCCUCUUCUGCGUGGUGCUGAGCAAGGAGGUGCGGAGGAGCCUGCGGCUGAGCUGCACCCGCAGGCGCAGCCCCGACCCCCCGCUGGCCACCAAGUCCACCCUCACCCCCGCCUACGGCUGUGACAGCACCUACGUGGCGGGACGGCUGUACCCGGCACCCGCCGGGGGUUCCACGGGGUCCCUGCACAGCACCGCGCGCUCCGGCAAGAGCCACCACAGCUACAUCCCCUUCGUGCGGCGGGAGGACUCGGGGCUGGCUGGCAGCCCGGGCCAGCGCCCGCUGCCCGACCCGGGGGGGCUCUUCCUCGCCGCCCAGGAGCAGCCCGAGGAACACGACACGGACUCGGACAGUGACCUGUCGCUGGAGGACGAGCCCAGCGGCUCCUACGGCUCCACGCACUCCUCCGAGAGCGAAGACGAGGGGCCCCCCCCGGGCUGGGACCCCCUGCCGGGCCCCCCCCUCGGUCCCCCCACCCCCGGUGACAGCCCGGUGGCCCCGGGGCGACCGUACUGGCCCGGGGAGUUCGUGACAACGGCCAGCGAGAGCGAGGGACCCGGGGGCACCGAGAGCCUCCGGGUGGAGCCGGCGGGGGGGGAAGGACCCCCCCGGGGCGACCCCCCCCGUCUGAACGGCGAGGCGCUGCCCAGGGACCCCCCGCUGCUGCCCCUGCCCCAUCCCCACAAAGGCAUCCUGAAGAAGAAGGGCCUGCCCCCAUCAGCGAGAGGGGCAGCACCCAGCGCCUGGGCCCCCCCCCGCCGCCCCCCGCCUCCUCGGGCAGCGAGGGCAGCAGGGUGGGGGGGGUCCCCGCCCCCCCCCCGCCCCCGCCAGACCCUGCAGGAGCAGCUCAGCGGCGUCACCCCCAUCGCCAUGAGCAUCAAGGCGGGCACCGUGGACGAGGACUCCUCCGGCUCCGAAUUUCUGUUUUUUAAUUUUCUCCAUUAACCCGCGG